UGUGGCUGCCUUACUUAAGGCCCUGAGCCCAAGGUGCUGAGCCUUGGAUCUUACCAGACAAGAGCAGAACCAUGAAGCUGCUGCUUGGCUUGGUGAUGCUUCUCUACAUUUGCCUGUUGGCUAAUGCAGCUCCUCCAACUUGCUACUCAAGGAUGCUGAAUCUAAGCAAAGAAAUCAUGGAUUCCUUUACCACACUGCAGAAUGAAGAGCCUCUGGAGCCCUGUGUGGAGGGACUGCCAAAACUUUACUUGGAUAUACAUAAUUACUGUGUGCUGGCCAAACUACGGGACUUUGUAGCAUCACCCAAGUGUCGGAAAGUAGCUCAAGUAGGUGCCCUGAAAGACAAAGUCCGGAAACUGUACACCAUCAUGAACUCAUUCUGCAGGAGGGACUUGGUGUUCUUGUCUGAUGACUGUGAGGCCCUGGAAAACCCCAUCCAAGCUCCCACAACAGCAAGACCCCAACUUAGGUCAGAGCCAAAGGAAGUUGCCAAGAUGUUUCCAGUUACACCAGCUGCCAAAACCUCAACUGGCUGAAAUCAUGUGCCCAACAGGGCUUAUGUGUGCAUGUGUGUGUGUGUGUGUGUGUGUGUGUGUGUGUGUGUGUGUUAUCUCUAACUUCACUGUGUAUUUUGCCGUCUCCAGGAAAUGAACAAAUCCAUUGCCUACUUGGAGAGCUGCAUGUCAAAGCUGGGCUAGAAAGCUUAUUUUUAUUGAGUAUUUCUGCUUUUUCUAUGUAGCCAGAAGGCCCAGAUCUGUUUAUUUGAACAGUAAGAAUGAAAUGCCAAAUUUGUUUCUUCCUCAUGAAUAGCUAGCUUCAUAGUAAGCAAAAGGAGGUGCUUUCAUUACUAACCUAACUUGGUCGGGGCAAAAGUUCCUUCCGUUCUUGUAACAGCUUCGUUCAUGGCUAACUAGACUCUUUUUCACAAGCUAGCAAUGAGAAGCAACAGAUUCUGCAAUGACUUUUUAAGAACAUUAUCUUUGUAUUGUUCUUUGAAUUUCUUUCAAUAGUGUUAGAAGUAUUGUGAUUGAAGGAAGAACCCUUCCUUUCAAAACAGGUGAAAACCUUAAUUAAAGAUCACUUUUCA